AUGAAAGCACCAUCGCAGACGACCCAUCGCCCUCCAACCACGCUAAUCUUCAAUUGCCACCACCAGCAAGACAUUGCGGCUAUGUUCCAGCCCUUGAUACCCACGGUGGAAGAAGUGUCCCAGAACACGUCCAUUGUCCUGCCACAGGACGUUCCCCUGCCGGCGGUAGCAGCGUCAGCACUGCCAGUGAACACGGAUAUGAAGUGGCAGCAAGUUUGCGCGACUGUUUGGAUGCGUUUGAAGGCAUCGCAAGGACAGCCCUCCUUCUCCCCCCCCCCGCGGUUCUUUCCGUCCAUGAAGCACGCGCUGGAGUGGGUACGCAAAAGGACAAAGGCGGCCGAACGAGUACUCGUCACGGGAUCGCUCUACACUGUCGGGGAUGCCUUGCAAGCUCUCGGAUGGCACGAGCAAAUUUCACCUUCGACCUGA